UCGAAAAUGUACCAAAAGCAUGAAUAACCAUGCACAAACAAACACGAAGAGAGCCACAAGUAUCGCUCACGGUGCAAACAAUUUAAUCUUGCCACUGUUACAAAACCAUCCCCCCAGAUGGCGAUGAACGCACAAGGCAGGCCAUUCAGACGCAAUUGAUAAGUCGCGAUGGAACAGGCAGCAUCCGAGCGGUUCGUGCUGUACGGUGGUGAUCUGCGCAACAGCAUCGAGGCUGGGUGCAAUUCGGUGGGCGAGCUGAUCGUAAAACGACUGAACCGCAAUGGGGAUGAAGUGGCACUGAUCGAUGGUGUUUCGGGAGCAACGCUCACGUACCACCAGAUACUGGCCCGUUCCCUCAAGCUGGCCAAUCGUUUCCAUCGGCUCGGCAUCAAGCGUAACAGUGUCGUUGGCAUCUGCAGCGAAAAUAGUGUCCAGUUUCCGAUCAUUACGUUCGCCACGCUGAUGCUGGGCGGAACGGUGCUACCCAUCAACUACGGCUACAGUGAGGUGGAGUUGCAGCAUGUCUUACAGCUAACCAAACCGAUCGCUCUGUUCGCCUCGGAGCAACCGCUGCAGAAGAUCGUAACGAUACGUAAUGUUCUUCCCUCUGUGAAGCUGCUCGUUUCACUCGGCAAGCAACGUCCGUCGCGUGGAAAUGCUCUGCUGGAAGAUUUCUUCGACAACAGCCCACCGGGAAGCUUGCACAGCUUCACGCCCCAGCCCGUGCCGCUCAAGCAGCAAGUCGCCGUCAUGGUAAUGUCCUCGGGGACGACGGUGAUGGCGUACCAGGCGGAAGAUCCGCGCUACACCGAGCUGCCCGUACCGGUGCGCGUGCUGGGCCUGUUGCCGUUCUACCACGUGUUUGGCUUUAUGCUUUCGCUCAACAUCUGCCUGAACAAGGUGCCGAUGGUAGUGUUGCCCCGCUUCGAGCCGGACCUAUUUCUGCGCACCAUCCAGAACCAUCGUAUCACGAUGGCGAGCCUCGUUCCGCCGCUCGUUGUCUUCCUGGCGAAAAGCCCGCUCACGCAGGGCUAUGAUUUGAGCUCACUGCAUGCGCUGCUUUGCGGGGCCGCUCCGUUAAGCCGAGAGAUAGAGGAACUCGUCCAAUCGCGUCUACCGAAUGUGCAAACGGUCCGCACCGGGUACGGUAUGAGCGAAACGUCGCUCGGCGUAAUAUCGCGCAUGAACGAUAAGGUCGGUUCAGUAGGGAAGGUACACAAGACGACGUACGUGAAGGUGGUGGAUCUGGAGACGGGCUGUGCGCUCGGUCCGAACCAGACGGGCGAGAUCUGCGUCAAGGGUCCGUUGGUGAUGAAGGGCUACCUGCACAACGAUCGUGCCACAGGGGAAAUAAUCGAUGCGGACGGUUGGUUGCAUACCGGCGACGUUGGGUAUUAUGAUGAGGAGCAGGAUUUUUUCAUCGUGGACCGAAUCAAGGAUCUAAUCAAGUACAAGGGCUUCCAAGUGCCGCCAGCCGAGCUGGAGGAUGUACUGCUUAGCCAUCGGCAGGUACGGGACUGUGCCGUCAUCGGUGUACCGGACGAGAUGGCCGGUGAACUACCGGCUGCUUUCGUAGUGCUACAGGCUGGGGAAAGCGUUACCGCGAACGAAAUUGAAAGGUAUGUGGCGUCGAAACUGUCUCCCCAAAAGCAGCUACGAGGCGGUGUCUUUUUCGUGGACGAAAUACCCAAAACGGGCAGUGGUAAGAUUUUGCGCCGUCAGCUUCGAGACGCAUUGAUGAAGCGGAAAGCCAAGCUGUGAUAUCUUGAUUCUAAAGACACAGUUUCGCUAAGUUUUGUUAAAAUGACUUGUAAAAAAAGUAAUAGAAAUCGUCAUCCUCCAAUGGGCAAACAUAGUAACAAUUUCAACUCAAUGUUUAAUGAUUUCCACUUCGACACCGCUAAACGAAUUUAAUGUCACCCAUUAGCAGUGGUUUCCACAGAACCAUUUUAAAUAUCCCAUGAACACCUUCAUGGUCGAUUUGAGUUUCAUUUGGAGCGCCAAGCUUGAGCUAUUGCACUGCUUCCGAAAGGCGCUUGACGCAAUUGCUUCCAACUUCCAGAACUGGGAUAAUAAAACCAAGAAAUUAAUUCACCAUAAAACACGAAUGGGAAAGGUUUAAGUGCUGUUUUACACCGACCAAUCGUCACGCUAGUGUCCUUUUCCAUUUUGCUUUUUUUUAAUUUGGUGUCUUUUAGCUCAUUCCUCUCCGUCCAGGGUGGGUGAGCUACUUGUCAAUUCCUCCCAAGGAUUUUUUUGUUGUUGUUGUAUUUCUUGCGGUCCAAUCCGAAACGGUUCAUCGAAAGCUUGCCACAUUAUUCGGAAAAGGAAUUUUAAUUUUGAAGGGAUAAUGAAUUCACGGAAUAUUCUGAAUAAUCCCCCCCGUGGAACCGAAAUACACACACACGCGCGCACACUGACACAAAAUAUGCUAUGGACACAUUCAACGCAUCGCGGUUGUGUUUUGUUGAGCUUCUUUUUAGCAUCGCCAUAAUCGUCCGAUUCGAGGGAUGAACCACCGCAGCUUAGAGAUUGAGAGCAAAAGGAAGAGCUCGUGCCGGAGGAUUUGGUGGUUAUUUCUAUUAGAGGACAUUUCCAAGAGCGACAACAACAAAAACACAUUUCCCGUGGCAUCUAGCUUUUCCCUUCGUAAGACCAGUCCCAUCAAAGAAUCAAUUUCACUAAUUAACUGUAAAACAUCCGGCCAUCUCUGCAUCGUCGACUGGCCGGGACCAUACCGGAACCGGAAAGUAUAAGAAGUAACAUAAAAAUGGUAAACAAAAAAACCCCCUCACAACCAAAAACGCUUUGAGCUGGAUUUGUAGCGCAGUUAGUUUUCACCUAACAGAAGUUGAAAGCUACGAUGCUACUACGGGCAAUGGCAGAUAAUUUGUGACCAUGUCAACACAGGGGUCAGUUUUUUUUUUUGCAAAAUCCACCACAGCUCGGUAAAUAAUUAUCUCACUCGCACUGGCGUAAAUCGUAAGCUACACCGAACGCUUCAGCCUUUGUGAGAAGCUUUCAACGAAAUUAAAUCUACCGUACAAUGUAUUUUGGUUUCCGAAUAUUCGUGUGGAUCAGCGAAGAAUAUGCUCAGUUGCAAAUGCGAGCUGCGGUAAGCCGUAGCAAGAAUUUCACAAAGUUUGUGAAGUGUAAUUUGGUUUUGGUGAGAUUAUAACCACUGAAAAUGUACCAAUCGGAGGUAAUAACAUUUACAGACAGGCUUCAUAUGCUCCUCAUCUUAUCUGUAAUUUGUAAAGUAUUUAUCAUCAGAAAGAGGUUAUCUUGCAGCAAUGACGAGCUACUUUUGUAAAACGAAUAUCAGCUUCACAGCAGCUAUCUAUUUUGUGUGCAUACCCGCUUUCUUUCCCAGACAAAGAUAAUUUUCCAAUAGGUGUUAUUUCUGUAUUUACUUUUUUAAUAACUAAUAAAAGAGCAUAAAUCACUUCUCAGCCUCAACAAGCA